GUCAGUUUUGUAUUCAAAGCCAGCCAACCUGUCUAUCUCGAUCUGCCUCCCGUUUACUUCACUCUCAUUAAAACCAAACCCCACUCCUUUUCUACUUCUUCUACGACUGUUUUCUCUUCACUUGCUCUUUUGGGGGCGCAAUGGGAGACGACGAGUGGGUUCUGGUUCGACUACCCGCAGAGAGGGAUGUGUGGAGUCCAAGUUUAGUAGAAGAUGACUCUAGACCGUUAAAGCUGACAUUCGGCGGCCCCGCCAAGCACUGGACGGAUGCCGUUCCGAUUGGCGCUGGCCGGCUCGGUGCCAUGGUUUGGGGCGGAGUUGCAACAGAGCUUAUCCAGCUUAACGAGGAUACGCUCUGGACUGGGACUCCUGGCAACUAUACAAACCCGAAAGCUCCAGAGGCUCUAUCAGAAGUCAGAAAACUCGUCAAUGAUGGCAAGUAUUCUGAAGCCACUGAUGCAGCAGUUAAGUUAUCAGAUGAUUCUCCCGAUGUUUACCAACCGCUUGGAGAUAUCAAGCUAGAAUUUGAUGACUCCCAUCUGAAGUAUGCUGAAAAAACAUAUCAAAGAGAGCUAGACUUGGAUACAUCAACAGUAAAAGUCAAAUACUCUGUUGAUGACGUAGAGUUUACGAGGGAACAUUUUGCUUCUUUCCCUGACCAAGUAAUUGUGACAAAGAUUUCUGCUAGCAAAUCUGGGUCAUUAACGUUUGUUGUGUAUCUGGACAGCAAGUUGGAUCACAAUUCACAUGUGAAUGGGGGAAAUCAGAUUAUUUUGGAAGGAAGCUGUCCUGGCAAAAGAACCCCCCCAAAACUGAGUGCCAAUGACAAACCAGAAGGAAUUCAAUUUUCUUCUAUUCUUGAUGUACAGAUUAGUGAUGGAAAGGGAACUAUAAAAGUUUUGGAUGACAAUAAGUUGAAGGUUGAAGGUUCUGAUUGGGCUGUUUUGCUUCUAGUGGCUUCCUCUUCAUUUGAUGGACCAUUCACUAAACCUUCGGAAUCGAGAAAGGAUCCUGAUUCAGAUUCACUCGGUAUGUUGACAUCAGCAAAAAAAUAUUCAUAUUCUGAUCUUUAUUCACGGCAUUUGGAUGACUACCAGAAUCUUUUCCAUCGUGUCUCCUUGACACUUUCAAAAAGCACAAAGAGUGCUUUGGAAGACGGAUCUCUGUUUAUGAAGAAAUGUAUGUCCAAUGCUGAUGAUUUAUGCUCCAGGGAAAGUGAAGACAUCGCAGUUCCAACUGCAGUAAGGGUGAAGUCUUUUCAAAGUGAUGAAGAUCCGUCCUUGGUGGAGCUCUUAUUUCAUUAUGGUCGAUAUUUGCUUAUUUCCUGUUCACGGCCUGGAACCCAGGUGGCAAAUCUUCAGGGCAUAUGGAAUAAUAAAAUUGAUCCUCCAUGGGAUUGUGCUCAACAUUUGAACAUUAAUCUUCAAAUGAACUAUUGGCCAUCUCUUCCUUGCAACCUCAGAGAGUGCCAGGAGCCCUUGUUUGAUUACACGUCGUCACUAUCAAUCAAUGGGAGUAAAACUGCAAAAGUGAACUAUGAAGCAAGUGGCUGGGUUGUACAUCAAGUUACUGACCUAUGGGCAAAAACCUCACCAGAUAAAGGGCUCGCAGUCUGGGCUUUGUGGCCAAUGGGUGGUGCGUGGCUAUGCACACAUCUUUGGGAGUACUAUAUGUACACAUUGGACAAAGAUUUCCUGAAAAAUAAGGCGUAUCCUUUAAUGGAAAGUUGUGUGUCAUUUCUGUUGGACUGGUUGAUCGAAGGCCGUGGAGAAUAUCUAGAAACCAAUCCUUCAACUUCACCGGAGCAUAUGUUUGUUGCUCCGGAUGGUAAGCAGGCUAGCGUGAGCUACUCAUCAACGAUGGACAUGGCAAUAAUAAAAGAGGUUUUCUCCGCUAUUGUUUUUGCAGCUGAGAUUUUGGGAAGGAGUGAUGAUGUAAUUGUUCAAAAAGUUCGUGAGGCUCAACCAAAGCUUCCACCAACAAAAAUUGCUAGAGAUGGUUCUAUUAUGGAAUGGGCACAAGAUUUUGAGGAUCCAGAGGUGCAUCAUAGACAUGUAUCACACCUAUUUGGCCUGUUUCCAGGGCAUACAAUCACUAUUGAGAAAACUCCAGACCUGUGUAAAGCUGCAGACUAUACCCUUUACAAAAGAGGAGAAGAUGGUCCAGGAUGGUCAACCAUGUGGAAAACUACUUUGUGGGCACGUCUUCACAAUAGUGAGCAUGCAUAUCGAAUGGUCAAGCACUUGUUUAUUUUGGUGGAUCCAGAUCAUGAAAGUGAUUAUGAAGGAGGACUAUAUAGCAACUUGUUCACUGCACAUCCUCCUUUCCAAAUUGAUGCAAACUUUGGUUUUUCAGCUGCAGUUGCAGAAAUGCUUGUGCAGAGCACCCUAAAGGAUUUGUAUUUAUUACCCGCUCUUCCACGGGACAAGUGGGCCAACGGUUGUGUGAAAGGAUUGAGAGCACGCGGUGGCCUGACAGUCAGCAUAUGCUGGAAAGAGGGAGAUCUUCAUGAAGUUGGUCUUUGGUCGAAGGAACACAAUUCCCUUCAAAGAAUACACUAUAGAGGAACUACAGCGACAGCAAAUAUAUCAUCCGGCAGAGUGUACACAUUCAAUCGAAAGUUGAGAUGCGUGAAGACUUGCUCUCUCUCAAAAUAAACCCUAUGUUGACUACAAAGAUGGAACAAAUCUCAGGGGAAGAACAUUCUUUUCAUAUUUCGUAAUAAAUCGAUGGAGGAGCGAUUGUUCUCCACAUUCUUUUCAUCUUUAAUCUUUAGUAUUUAUCUCAUGUACUAUUAUUCCAAACAAGCAUCUUCUCUCUUAUUUUAUCUGUGUCAUUCAUAACAGGGACGGGUUAAGAAUUCUUGUUUUAUGCCUAUGCAGUUGUUUGUCAAUGA